AAUAAAUGCCACAGUCUUUAAGUGACACUUACAGGGCUCCUCUUGUACGAUUAAAAUACUUCAAACGCAGAUGCUAGCAUACAGGAAAUGCCAGGCUAAUUCUCAGAGUAGUUCAAUCACCCCCUCACGCCCCUAGAGAGUUCUGUCUUCAGUUGAACAUUGCGCGUCAGACGGGAAGGGUCGGAGAAUACGAGCUCCAGCCGCGGUGGAGACUAAUUAUUCCAAGAUGCUCGGGCAAAUGCAAUAUUUGAAAUUAACGACAGCACUCGUGUUGCUACCGUGUGUGUUGUCGUUUAAUGUGGAUGACAAGAAUGGGCUGACGUUCAGUGGUCCGCUGGAGGACAUGUUUGGAUACUCUGUCCAGCAGUUUGAGAACAGUGAGGGGAAGUGGGUGCUGAUUGGUUCUCCCCUGGCCGGCCAGCCAGCCAAACGGACUGGAGAUGUCUACAAAUGCCCUGUGGGUCGAGGACCAAACCCUAAAUGUAUCAAACUGGAGCUGCCUGAAAACACAACAAUUCCUAACUUGCAUGAAGUCAAGGAAAACAUGACCAUGGGAACGACGUUGGUUACCAACCCUCAAGGAGGCUUUCUGGCCUGUGGUCCCCAGUACGGCUACAUGUGUGGUCAGCAGACGUACAUCUCUGGGGUCUGUACCAACGUCAGCUCAACCUUCCAGGUGCUCAACUCCAUCGCCCCGGCUGUGCAAGAGUGUGCCAAAGAGCUUGACAUUGUCAUGGUUCUUGACGGCUCCAACAGUAUCUGGCCCUGGACCAGCAUCAUUGAAUUCCUGGUCAAAUUUCUGAAGAAUAUCGAAAUUGGAGCUAAACUGUCCCAGGUGGGCAUUGUGUCGUAUGGAGAGGACGUCAUUCACAAUGUCAACCUCAGCCAGUUUGAUACCACUCAAUCCCUCCUGGCCAAAGUGGCAAAACUUCCCCAGCAAACAGGUUUCAAGACUAUGACCGCCCUGGGAAUUGACACUGCAAGGAAAGAGGCCUUCACUGUGGAGCGAGGGGCGCGGCCAGGGGUCAAGAAGGUCAUGAUAAUCGUGACGGAUGGAGAGUCACAUGACUUUUAUAACCUCGACAAGGUUGUCGAAGAAUGUGCGGAGGACGAUAUCGAGAGGUUCGGUAUCGCUGUGCUUGGUGAUUACAACAGGAACAACAGAAGCAUCAAGGAGGUGAAGAAGUUCAUCGAGGAGAUCCAAUCGAUCUCCAGUGAUCCUGUGGGAGAUCACUUCUUCAACGUGUCGGAUGAGUUUGCCUUGCUGAACAUCGUAGAUGCCCUGGGGAGCAGGAUCUUUGCCUUGGAGGCAACGUCAGGUAACUACACCUCGUCCUUUGAGAUGGAGAUGUCCCAGGCUGGAUUUAGUGCCCACACCUCUGAAGAGGGUGUGAUGCUGGGUGCUGUGGGGGCGUAUGAGUGGAACGGGACAGUGGUGAUGCAUACCGACCAGGGUACCGUUGUUCCCCUAAACGCAGACUUCCAAGACCCCCUGGAUGAGAGGAAGGAGAGCCUGGCGGGGUAUGUGGGUUAUGCCGUACAGUCAGCAUCAACUCCUAACGGUGUGUUAUACAUCACGGGAGCACCGCGAUACAACCACACAGGCAGAGUCAUUGUGUACAAACUGGAUGGGAAACACACCACAGUCACACAAGUACUGAAAGGAGAGCAGAUUGGCUCCUACUUUGGCAGUGUGCUCCAGACGGUGGAUGUUGACCAGGACUCCUACACAGACAUCCUUCUGGUGGGAGCUCCUAUGUUCAUGGGCCCCGAGAGGAACGAACAGGGACAGGUGUACGUCUACAAACUCAAUGAGAAGGGCCUAUUUGAGCACCAGACCACGCUGAAGCCAGACAACCAGAUGUGUUGUACCUCGGCCCACUCCCACGGCUGCACCAUCGUCAACACCAACGACCCGUGUGGCGCCCGCUUCGGCACCGCCAUCGCAGAAGUCAGUGACCUGGACCUGGAUGGGAACCGGGACGUGGCCAUCGGGGCGCCGCUGGAGAACGACCACAAAGGGGCCGUCUACAUCUACCAUGGAGCCAAGAAGACCAUCAAGGAAAAAUAUGUGCAGCGUAUCCCAGGCCCUGGAGAUGGGGUGAAGACUAAGUUCUUUGGCCAGUCGAUCCAUGGAGUCAUGGAUCUGAACGGAGACGGAAUUAUAGACAUUACCAUCGGAGGGCUGGGAGGGGCUUCUCUGUUCUGGUCCAAGGAUGUUGCUGAGCUUUAUGCCAACAUGACCUUUGACCCAAGCAAGAUCAACCUACAGCAGCCCACUAAAGACUGUGUGCUGGGUGGGAGAGACACCGUGUGUGUGAAGACCAGUGUCUGCUUUAGCUACAGCGUCAAGUCUGAGAAGGACCACACUAACUUGGGCACAGCCAUUAAGUACAACCUGACUCUGGACUCUCUGAGGGCGAAGUCGAGGGCAGCGUUUGUCAACUCUGAUGAGAAGAGUGAGAGGAAGGUCCAGGCCAUCGUCAACAUCAUAGACACUCUGUGUCUGGAGCAUUCCUUUGCCAUGAAGGCUAAACUGGACUUCAGAGACCCCAUCAUGGUCUCCCUAGAGUUUGGUCUGGCUGAGGACACAGGCCCUGUCCUGGAUGGAGACUUACCAACGUCACUCAACAAAACGAUUCCUUUGGUGGACUGUGGGAGCGAUGACAAGUGCAUAGCUGACCUAUCCCUGAAGGCUGUGCCAAGUAUACAAAGUCUUGUGAUCAAAGCCAACAAGGAAAAGUUCCAUGUGCUCAUUACCACUAGAAACAGUCAAGACAAUGCCUACAACACCAAAGUCAUGCUCAGCUUUACUGAAAACAUCAACUACGUCAAAGUCGAGCCCAAAGACAAAGACUGCAGUCUGAAUAAUACCAAAGUUGAGUGUGCUGUAGGAUAUCCAUUCCUCAAAAGCAAUGUAGAGGAGGUGUUUAAGAUCCUGUUUGAAGUCAACCCUGCCCACGUCUGGAAAGAAAUUCAGAUCAACGUAACUGCAACCAGUGACAGUGAGGAAUUGAAGACCACCCUCCAUGACAACUCUGUGAGAAUCUCCAUCCCUGUGAAGUACGAGGCUGGACUCAGAUUCACUGCUGACAGGCAUAUGAAGGAGGACCACAUCAUAGUGAAAGAGGGAGAGCAGUACCCCAGCGUCUUCAACCACACCAGUGUGAUAGGAGAAGAGGUCAAGAUCAGCUAUACGGUUAAAAAGGAUGUGGAUAUGGAGACUCCUCCUCUGAAGCUGAGGGUGACGUACCCGUACCUAUCACCUAGAGAGAACGUCCUGCUUUAUCUGACACAUGUCACCUCCUCACAGGAUGUGAAAUGUAAUGUCAGGGACCUGAUUAACCCUUUAAAGAUCAACCACAACAACAUGCACACCAUCAAUCCUAAAAAAGAGACCCUCAGUGUCUUCCUGGUGGGCUGUAAGGACCACCCGUGUAAGUCUUUUGACUGCUCCAUCCCUCAAGUCAACAACAGUCAGGUCAAUGUUACCUUCAGGGUGUGGAAACCCACCUUUAUCAAAGCAGAGUUCCCCAGCCUUCAUAUGAUUGUUCAUGCCACUCUGGAGAACCUGAACACUGAUCUCUUUGUGUUGAGUACCCCCAAUUACGCAAGAGAUGUGAAGAUCCAGGUCUCUAAAGAGGCGUUGGGAGGUAUACCACUGUGGAUCAUUAUAGUCAGCAUCCUAAUAGGACUGCUCAUUCUGGCACUGGUCAUCUUCACUCUAUGGAGGGCUGGGUUUUUCAAGAGAAGAUCCAUAGAGGACAUGGAGAAUGACGACAUGAAGGACUGAUCCUUCCACCACCCUACAGAUCUGUCUGUCUUCAGGUCUGUCUUCAGGUCAGUCAGAAGAGAUACCAUAGGAAAUACCCCAUCAACCAAUUCACCUGAAUGCCAUCAGGUCAGAAGAAAAGCCUGUCUAUUUAUGGCUCUGCAACAACCAUUCACCUGAAUGUGAUGUGGCACAUCUACCAGCCUUAAAAACAUGAUCUGGUUCAGUGGAUAGAGAGGCCUGGGGAAAUAUUGAACUUGUACAGUACACUUUGGUCUUCCAUCUAUCCAACUUGGGUACCAAGACCUGGACCUAAAAGACCUAAGCUAGAAGGGAAAUCAGAAGACCUGAAGGAUAAUGGCACCCUGACCCAGACCUGAUCAAAUGCAGCCACAUCAGCUUUAUACAACAGGACAAAACGUUCUCAGGUUCACUUAUAGCGUCAACAUCCCAACGACACUAAAAACACCUCAGAUUACAGUAUGGCAUUACACCAAAAUGGUCCAAAUGUCCAAGACAAUCUGCGAUGGAUUAGAGUCCUGUGUUAUAGUUUGUUAGAUAUUUUUAACGAAUAUAUUGUAAAUGUAUACCAUGUGCUGCAUUUAUGUGUUAUUACCUAUAUUUUGAGACAUUCCUCAUCUUCUAAGCAUGAUGUUUGCUUUUUGAGACACUGAUAUGAGACACUGAUAUUUUCACAUGAGUGUUUUUCCAGUCUUACGAGUGCAAUCUGUAAAUUGGAUUAUUAUUUGUUUUAACAAGAGUGUUUCCCUGAAUAUUGAAGGGGUCUAUGCAAGUGUACCCUCCCCAAAUAUAUAUUCAGUAUAAAAGAAGAGGAGGAACAGAUGCAUUUAACUAUUGACAUAAAUACAAUGUUUAUUUAAAAAAUAUAUUUCCUCAUCUAGUUUUUGUUUCAUCUUGUUACCACAUGGGGGCAGAGAACUUACAGAUUGUUCCUUUACAGUAUUAGGAAAACCUUUGAUUAUACUGUACAUGUAAUGUAAAGUUUGUACAUAAAGUUAUGUUUGCAAUAAUUCCUCUAAUUUAAGAUCAAAUUGAGUCCAGCAUGUAUCACCAAGGCCCUAUAUGUCAGUAAUAGAGAGAAAAUAAGUCAUUUGCUCCAACAUUUCUCAGGUAUUACAUAUGAUAGUAUGGCGAGAGUAUGGCGAGAGUAUGGUGAUAGUAUUCCCACGGGGGGCCAGUAUGAAAAAUGUAUGCACUCACUAACUGUAAGUCGCUCUGGAUAAGAGCGUCUGCUAAAUGACUAAAAUGUAAAUGUGAUAGUAUGGUAAUAGUAUGGUGAUAGAAUAGUGAUAGUAUGGUGAUAGGAUAGUGAUAGUGUAGUGAUAGUAUGGUGAUAGUAUGUUAAUAGGAUGGUGAUAGUAUGGUGAUAGUAUGUUAAUAGUAUGGUGAUAGUAUGAUGAUAGUAUGGCAAUAGUAUGAAUUAGAUAAAACAAACAAACUUAGUAUUUUAAAAGAAAAUAUAAUUAAAAAGAAAAUAUGUAAAUAUUGGUCUUAUAUCUUGAUCAAAAUGUAAAUGUUUGAUAAAUGUGUAUUGGAACUAGAUGCAUUUUGUAUCUAUUCACUAAGAUGUUUAUUUUUUUUUUACUCAUCUUUCUUUCUGUUCUGUCUUUUGAUUUGGGGGAGUGAUUUCGUGAGGUAGCCUACGGUCACAUACAGUAAUCCAAAAAGUAUUUCAGCUGAGUGUAACUUGAUUCCUGAUGUUCGAACCUGUCAGUAUCACAAAACAAAGAGAUGUUUGUCUCAGAGAAGGUCAAACUCUGGAAACUAGGCUGUUGAAAGUCACAUACGGGGGGAUUUUGGUUUGCAAUGCAUAUCAACACCAGGUUAUACCAAAGCCCUGUAGUCUCUGUUAUGGCCGGAGCAGUAGAGGUUUAAAAGUAGAAAUGUUCCCUCUUUUAUUUAUGCACCAUCUCUGUUUUCUCUCCGCCCUAAAUUCCUCUGCAUUAUUUGUUGUUUACAUAUUUUGCACAGGCAGUCCGGUGUAACCCUUGACAUUUGAUUGUGUAUAUAAGAGACACUCAUCAGCUCACCCAUUACUGUUGAAAGCACAUGUAAUAAAUGAAUAUAUAUCUGUAAAAUGUGUAAGAUAAUCUUAACACAGGGAGGGAGGGACUGCAUCAGACUGAUGGGAGGGACUGCAUCAGACUGAUGUACUCCAGUCAUACACACUGCUGUGAACUUUCCAUUUAAUGCACUGGUUUGUCAUACUGUAUGUACUCUGAUCAGCACAGAUUUGAAAGCAUUUUGAAAGCAUUGCACAUGCUGUCAAGGAUCUUAUGCCAAAAAAUAAUAAAGAAUUGUUUUUUAAUUAA